CACUGAAUACAUAACUUUCUGGCAGCCUAGUGGAAAUGCAACUCUGGAGAUUUCGGUGCAAAAAUUUUUGGUUCAUUUGGUGUGGCAGCACUAUUUCUUAAAAAGCGGUGUGUUUGACGUUUUCAUCACUAAACACGAAAAAUUUUCCGUACCUUAAUCGUUUAUAUUUUCUGCUGUAUUUGUUUAAGUAAUUUAGCAGCAAUGACGAUUGGUAAAAACAACAAAAUGAUCCAGCACCUCAACUAUAGAGUGCGGAUCAUGCUGCAAGACUCCCGCACUUUCAUAGGCACUUUUAAAGCAUUUGACAAACACAUGAAUUUAAUAUUGGGCGAUUGUGAAGAAUUUCGUAAAAUACGUUCGAAGAACUCCAAAGUACCAGAACGUGAGGAAAAACGAGUUUUGGGUUUUGUGUUAUUGCGUGGUGAUAACAUAGUCUCACUCACCGUCGAAGGUCCACCACCACCAGAGGAAGGUUUGCCGCGUGUACCGAUGCCCGGAGCAGUUGCGGGUCCUGGUCUGGGUCGUGCUGCUGGUCGUGGUGUACCAGUUAAUAUUGCUUCUGCGCCUGCUGGCUUACAAGGUCCAGUAAGAGGUGUAGGUGGACCGGCCCAACAACAUAUGACGCCAAUGGGUAGAGGUGUGCCGCGAAAUCCAAUGAUUGGUGCACCACUUCCUGGAAUGGUGCCCGGCGUAAUGCCACCAAUGCCUGGUGGAAUGGGACGUGGUGGUCCACCAAUGCGGGGACCGCCACCCGGUAUGAUGCGUGGUCCACCACCGGGACGGGGAGGUUAUUAAACAGGUUGCAUACGAUGCAAUGUAUUUUAAAAUUUUCCAAUAAAGUCUAAUUUACUUAAAUAUAUGUAU